CUGUCGCAAAUGUAGCUCCCCAGUCACUGCAGCUCCUGCGCCCCUCCCAUUAUUCUCUGCUGCCCAGCAGUCAGUCCCGGGCAGCACGCCGCUUCAGCAGCACCAGCUCCUGCAGGCAGCCCCCUCGGUGAGGAAGAGGAGUAGCAUGAAGUCGACCACCGCUGCACACUUACACACAAGCACACGCCGGCCACCUAUGGCAUAAGUGGCGCCUGUUGAGCUCAAUUUGGGUGGGGGUUUUCCUCUUUCUCUCUGUUCCUGCCUGUCAUGACAAAACAUGGAAGUCAAGCAUGACCGGCUGCCCGAAGAGGGAUUUGACUUGAAGCUGAAAAUCAGACCGAGAGAUGCUUCCCCGGCCCUCACACGAGUAGGUGUGAACUUCUACACCACUGUCAAUCAAGAUUACAGUGCUCAUGCCUGGCUAGCAAAAAAGGACAAAAUUGAGCAUGUCAGACACAGUUCAAGUGCAUGUAGGCAGGCUUUCCUAUAAUGUUCCACCAUGGAAACAACAUCCAAGCCUGGAAGGACCACCUCUCCUGCUUGAGAGGUCUCAGCAGAAGUGUGUUGUGGUCUUUGCUCUCAUGUGCUGCUUUGCAGUGUUGGUUGCGCUAAUAUUUUCUGCAGUGGACGUGGUGGGGGAAGAUGAAGACAGAAUCACAGAAAAUUGCCACAGAAAUUUUCGAGCUGUACUGGUGGAAAAUAUACCAGAAGGCCUCAGCUACACGGAAAAUGCUCCAUUUCACCUCUCUCUAUUCCAAGGAUGGAUGAAUUUAUUAGACAUGGCAGAAAAGAGUGUAUAUAUUGUGUCUUCAAGCUGGAAUUUGAAUGAGUCAUUCUCGGGUUACAGUCACCCUCUAGCAUGGCAGGGCCAACAAGUGCUUCAGAAACUAUUGGAACUGAAAUCUCGAAAUAUUGAGCUUAAACUGGUGAGUGAUUCGCAGCACACUGGAUUAAAGGAAUUGCGUCUGCUAGAAGAUAAUGGUGCUGAAAUACAUUACUUGAAUAUGUCUGUCCUUACUGGUGGAACUUUACGGACCUCAUUCUGGGUUGUGGAUAAGAAGCAUACAUAUAUUGGAAGUGCUAAUACAGACUGGCGGUCACUUGGACAGAUGAAAGAGCUUGGCAUCAUUAUCUAUAACUGCAGUUGCAUUGUUCUGGACAUACAUAGAAUAUUUACUCUUUAUGGUUAUCUGCGGUACAAGGACUUCAUACCUGACAUGUGGUCAAAAAGAGUAUAUGCUCUGUUCCAUAAGAACUCUGCCUUGAAAGGAAAACUGAAUGAAACAGAAGUUGAAGUGUUCCUAUCAAAUUCACCAAAAUCAUUUUGUCCCAGAGAUCGAGCCACUGAUCUAGAUGCCAUUCAGCACGUGAUUGAAGAUGCAAAGAAAUUUGUAUAUGUAUCUGUCAUGGAUUAUCUACCGCUUGUGUACAGCGGAAACAAUAAGAGGUACUGGUCAGUUAUAGAUGAAAAGCUACGUGAUGCACUAGUUUUACGGAAUAUCAGUGUGAGACUAUUAAUAAGCCACUGGAAAGAAACUCACCCACUUACAUUCAACUUUGCAUUAUCUCUGAAGGCACUUUGUACAGAACUACCACACUGCAAUAUAGAAGUGAAAUUCUUUGCACCAGAGGAACAGAAGAAUGCAUCAUUUCCUAGAGUGAACCAUAACAAAUAUGUUGUCACUGACAGAGCGGCUUACUUUGGUAACUUUAAUUGGGUCGGAAACGAUUUCUGCCACAAUGCAGGAUCAGGCCUCGUAAUAAAGAAGACAGAAGCAUCAAUCAACAAAAAUGAAACAAUCGUGGAGCAGCUGAAGGCCGUAUUUGAGAGGGACUGGUAUUCAAGCCACUCCAAGAAUUUACAGAAAACUCACUUAAUAAAAUGUGUACAAGAAACACCAGAACAGCCAGAACCAAAGAAGAUUAAUGGAGACAGUCCGGAUAUAAGUGAUAACAAUAUUAGCCAAUAAAAGCAAAAGAAAUUACAGUACAACACAAGGUGGCAUUGGUUACUUCAGUAAUGGCAUUUGUUAUCAGAGUGCUACAGGUAGCCAUUACACAGCAACUAAUUACAUACUGCAUACUAUCUCUAUUAAGACUUAAUGGACAAUACAAUGCCAGCAAAUCCUGCCAAACCCUACACUGGCAGCUACAUCACAACUAAAUAAAAUAACGUUUUGUUAUGCACUGAUAGGACAUGGCAACUAUGAGUCAGAUGUUGAUCAGAUGAAAAGGAAAAAAAAGCACAUCUCUUUAGCAUACAGAAAGCCCUUUUACUUUAAAGUUUGGAAUAUACAAAUAAACUGCACAUAUCUGCUCAAACUGAUCAAUUUACUGAAUCAUGUAUGCAUUUUGUGUACAACUAGGGUAACUUUUUAACUUUGCCUUUUAUUAUUUAUUUGGGCUCUAUACUGAUUCAUGUCAGCUUAUGUGCACAUGAUGCUGGCAUUACCAGAGUUAUAGUGUCAAGGGUUCUAUUCUGAGUACUGCUGAGAUUCAGUCACUGUUGCUUUACUGACCUCUGUGCAAAGCAUAUCAACUGGCAGUACAGAAGCAAUAACAACAUUUUCAUCAUAUUUAAGACAAAGCCACUUUUUAUGGUUUGAUUUCCCUCUUAAACAUGACAAAUUUAAAGUCUUGUGGAUCUAUUAAUUAGUUAGCUACUAUAUGUUAGUUUGCUAAAAGAAAACCACCAGUCACCAAUGUAUGCUGUUUAUAUGGCAUGCUAGCCAAAGUUUAUUUGAAGGUAUAAGUAAUUAAAAUAGCAAAGCUGCCAGUUAUUUUGGUUUCACAAAGGUAAUAUAAAGGUCUACAUAUACACUCUUGGAAACCAUGUCUAUCCAACUUAGUUCAGCAAUUUUGUAUUUUUUACAAAGUACAAUACGUUUAAUUCUUAAGCAAAAAUGUGGUAUGAAUUUGGAUUAAAUUUGGAUUUCUGUAUCACUGUUGCAUGUAAUUUAUAACAUACUGUGCAUGCCUCAUGUCUCUCUCAUCCGUAUUAAUGAUCAUGCCCAGAGUUUUACUACAGGCAGUGCCAAAUAAGCUAUUUAUCUCUCUGUCUUAUUGUCUGUGUGUCUCCAUCUCCCUCUUUUUGUGUCCAUCAAAAAGCAAGACUUUUCCAUGUCGCCCAUAAUUAUACAGUAAAAUAGUUUCAUUAUUACCGUUCUGAAAGAAGUACUGACCCAAAAUGAAGAAGUAGUGGCUUUUACAUGGUUAUCCAGUUUUUGUUAAAGGUGAUGAAUGCUGUCUGUGCAUUGUAUGUCAAUUGAUGUUGUCCUUCCUUUUAAUUGCAUAGUUCAAAUAUAUCCACUAGCAUAAAUUUUAUUCCUUUUUUCUUCUUCUGCAACAAAUCUUUCCCUGUCCUCCAUCACACAACUUCUGUGACAGGACUUUCUCUGUUAAAUAAAUGCCUCCCUUCCUAAGUUCUUUAUUUUAUUCUUAUUUUUUUUUUUUUUUGUCCAAAGGAGUAAAACACUCCCAUUCCCUUGUGUAAUCUAGCUAGCCAAUUUAACAUUUACAUUGAUUAUUUACUAUGUAUUUGUUCACUGACUACGUUUUAUACUGAGCUGCUCUCACUGCGUUUAUAUCCAUUCUGCAUUACGGUGUGUAUGAUUGCGUCCGGUGUCCCAAAUAUACACUAUAACCAGUGCCUUAUAAAGUAUAAUCUUUGGUGUCAAUAUACAGUCAUUUGAGUUUUCCCUUUGCCCAUAUAUGUAUCAUAGCUGAUCAGUGUUGCAGUAACUUAAAAAUGGCUUCCAUCAUGUCAUAACAUGAACAGAUUAUUUAAUACUAUGCCACAGACUUACAUGCUGGAAGAUGCACCAAAAGUUUCAUAAAAAAUUAAAGUAAACAUUAAGUGCUUUCAUUCCUAGACAGAACUUCAUUAGAACUGCUACGUUAGUACAUAACUUCAAAUUUAAACACUUCCAAUUCCAUGAUGUAAAGCAAUCCCAUCCAACUAAUUUCAAUAAAACAUAAAUAUUAAUCACUUAAUUACUAAAGUAAAUAGUAAUUAUAAAAAGAAUAUCAUUACAAAAACCUUUUGAUAAAAACUUGAAGUGAUGGACUAAUUUAAUUGUUCUGAUGAAGUCCCUAUCUAGGAAUGAAAGUGUUUAACUUUUAUUUAUUUUUUUAUUAUGAAAUAAAAGUCUCAAAACUUUUGAUACAUCUUCCAGCAUGUAAGUCAAUUGUUUGGUGUCGGUUAUUGUGCUGGUUUAAUGAUUUUUCCUUGGAUUUUUAUGUACUAUUCCAGUUACAGUUCCUACUUUGUCAUGUUUCUGUUAUUUAUUAAGAAGUAUAUCAGAGUCAUUCAGAAUCAUUGCCUCUUCUGUUUUUGAUCAUUUUUUUCAACUGUAUCAAAGUUCUGUUUAUGAUACUACAGUCAGCCACUGUGAAAAUGAGCACUAUAGCACAGAGUACUGAAGAAUAAAUAGAGUUCCAUAGCAUAAGCUGAUAAGUUGUGGUAUCAUGCGCAUCUAUAUAGAAACAGCAGAAAGGUAGAAAGGAUGGAACCCUUCUUUCAUUUAGAACCCACUAGAAACAAAGCAAAAUAGAAAAACAUUGCAAAUAAUAUAAAAUGCUAACUGAAAUAUUUGUAAAUCUUACAUCAUAGGUGGAUAAUAUACAAAGUUAGCUGGUAGCAUAGAAGCAGAUUGUCUGAUUCCACUCUGGACGAUCCAUGUUCAAAACUAACUCAGACUACCAGUAGAGAAAAUUAUGUAUCCUGAGAUCUUCUAUAUUUUGCAGUGAGGUGAACACAGUGUGUCUGCUAAUGCCUCGUAUUUCCUAAAGGCUUGAGAUGUUUGGCAAUAUAAGUUCACUGAAAAUGCAAAAUCCACAGCAUUUGCUGGUGACUUUCAACAGUGCUAGUUUGGUGACAUGCUUGCUGUACUCAGCCACUACUGCAUUAAUGGCAAAAUAAGUUUACAAAGGAGAUGGUUCUUCUCAUCCAAGUGAUAAUAGCCAAGAGGACCUCACCACAAAAAGGACUAGGUCUGUAUAAGUAAGGAUCAGGGACAGAAAUAUUCUUAAUAGGCACCUGAUGAUAUAUGAAGAGGCCAAAAACUCUGAUGAGAGGCAUUGUGGUUAGGUGUGCUUACAAAUAAACUCUUAAAAAUAUUUAAUAUACAGAGCUACCCAAAGUACAUUUACCUUAAUAGCUACUAAACAGGGUAUUUUAUCUCACAAAAAUCAGCUUAUAUACUUUUUUGUAACAUAAAUGGUCUUGCAUUCAUUUGUGUAGUAGAACCAUCUCCCUUUCCUUUGUUAUAAGUGUCUGUUUGCUGCAAUGUAUUGUACUGUAGGUGUAUAAUAGUACUGAAUUGACCUGCAUUCCCUGGUCAUUGUUUGUGUAUUUCUUCAUUUGUUUUAUCACAAUCAGACAUAUGGGGUAUACACUGUUAAUUAUGCCACUAUAAUUGGUGGGUAUAUCUCUGUGGGAAGCAUGCAGUGGAUUGGACUGGAUACUUCUAGAAGCAAGGAACAAGAAUAAUUUACUGUUGCCAUGAUGUAUUAAUCCAGUCAUUUGAUGGUAUUCAAGGAAUAUAUAGUAAAUAAAGUGGCUGUAAUAUGUGGA